AUGGUUUGGCGUCAUCUCCAUAUCUUUGAUCAUUUCACGUUUGCUUUGCCUACCUUUCAAUUCGGCACCGUCGUCAAAUUUCAGGGGGUUUGGUUCGCCUUGAGUAGUAGAGCUUCCUCCGUUGUCUUCCGCAAACUCGACACCGAUGAUUUCCGCUACCCUCUCGUUAAGCAGAACACAUUGAUUUUGAGAGGGAUUCCAGGAUUGAUUGAAGUUGGAAAGAUUCUACUAGGUGGAUUAGAGGCGCUCGUUUCGCUUGAAUUUGAUUGCUCACACUACGUUUACUGUAACAGUGGCUAUUUGCAGGUAACUUUGUUCAUCAGGACCUUCGGAAUCAUCAAGCUGAUCAAGAUAAACCAUUACCUCCAAUAUACAAGUCAUCAGGACCUUCGGAAUCAUCAAGCUGAUCAAGAUAAACCAUUACCUCCAAUAUACAAGGUAGUAAAGACUGUUUAUGCUUCUCCCAGCCAUGUCAACUUUCAUUUGGACUCGCAAAAGCAGAUAACAAUUGGUUAUAUGAUAGCUGUGUGGCUGACAUGGAGGGCAGCUGAGGCAGAAAGACGAUCUACCCAACUUGUAGAGGAGUUAGAGGCAAUGAAGGCUAGUGCAGCUCAACAAAAUGAAGAAUUAGAGGCAGUGAAGGCUAGUGCAGCUCAACAAAGUGAAGAGUUAGAGGCAGUUAAAGCAAACCAAAACGAGACAGAUGCACUUUAAAAAAAAUUGCUGGAACAAUUUUCCUCUAGGAAAUAAAGAUUUGUGAAGAGUGGUCCAAGGUUUGAGUUUUAAGCAAUAUACCUUUCGACUUGGUAUUAGCUUUUGGAAAGACUUAAGAAGUACAUACAUCUCUUGACUUAGUUAGCUUUUGGAAAUACAUCAUUAUCCAAGUUUCUUUGGGUAGUUCUUCUGAUGUUGAUACUUAUAUAUAUAACUGACUUUGGAUUUAAAGUUCAAUAGUUUAUGAGGGGGAUGAGAUACAUAUUUUAUUGGAGAUUAUUGCUAAUGUUAUUUAGUAUUAUUAUA